AUGCUUAUAUCCUGGACGGUAAAAGCAGGAUCUUCUGGAGUUCAUAAGGCUCAAGCAUACUACAUUCUUCCCCUUCAAAUCAUAAAACGCCCCCAGAACUCAAUCUCACACUCAGUAUUGGCAGAAUCACCUCUUUCUGUAACAGGCUACCUAUUGUUCCGCUACAUGCCAGGAUUGCACCAGUCUGAUCAUGAUGUUUCCAGCAUUGACACUGACUUGGGAGCUACUCUUGAUGGAUCUGAAGUACUCACCAAUGGCCCUUUCCACAGAUCAUGUGCUAUAUGCUCUUGGUGGGCCAUAUAG